AUGCUGUCAUUCGUUGCCUACUUCCCCAUCUACCUUGACGGCGCCAACGCAGACCACCUCGUCGGCGAAGUCGAUGCUCCCGGCGUUCUAGGUCUCCCGGUAGAUUACCCCCCACAUGCGCUGCGCAACCCCAACAGCCUCUUCACCAAGCAGUUCAUCGCCAACGCCAGCGAGAUCACCAAAGCAGACGGCAUUCUUGUCAACACGUUCCAUGCGUUGGAGCCAGAGGCACUCGCUGCCCUGCGGGACGGCAAGGUCGUUCCCGGAUUCCCUCCGGUGUUCGCCGUUGGCCCGCUCAAGUCGACGACCGUAGCGAGAAGCAACAAGGCGGUACUUGGUGCCUCCCCUAUUGCCUGGCUCGGAGAGCAGCCGGCGCGAUCGGUGGUGUACGUCGCCUUCGGUAACCGUAGCGCCGCCACGCUGGAACAGAUCCAUGAGAUCGGCGCCGGGCUGGAGGCCAGCGGCUGCCGGUUCCUGUGGGUGGUAAAGACCACAAUAGUGGACCGCGACGACACCGCGGAGCUCAGGGACGUGCUGGGCGAUGGGUUCUUGGAGCGUGUCCAAGGGCGUGGCCUCGUGCCCAAGGAGUGGGUGGACCAGGAGGAGGUCCUGAAACACCCGGCAGUGGGGCUGUUCCUAAGCCACUGCGGGUGGAACUCGGUGACGGAGGCGGCCGCGUACGGCGUACCGAUGCUGGCAUGGCCGACGUUGGGCGACCAAAAAAUAAUCGCGACCGUGAUAAGAAGCGGCGGUUUCGGGUUGUGGAUGGAACAUUGGAGCUGGGAGGAGGAGAACUCGGUGGUCAGCGGGACCGAGAUAGGGGAAAAGGUGAAGGAGCUGAUGGGCGAUGAGACGAUUUCGGCAAGGGCGACCAAGGUCGGCGAGGAGGCCACCAAGGCAGUCGCCCAAGGCGGCUCAAGCUACCAGAGCAUGCAGGAAUUUCUUGCUAUGCUUUAG